CGUACCAGCGGGACGGAGCGGCGCGCGGUGUCGGGUUUUCGUCCUCGUUCCCAGAGUGAAAUAAUCACCUAGCAGGGACGAUCGGGCUGCGACAUCCCGCCAGCUUUAUCGGACACCGGGGCUUUCGGUAUCGUGGAGGCAAUUUUUGCAUCAGGAAUCAUAUGAUGCUCAUUAUGUCGCCUUAUAGGAGAGUGGCAACAGCGUUUAAACUGAAAAAGAAAACUUAAAAUCUGUCCGUUCUGUUGGGUGGAGCUCUUUGGCAAUUGUCACUUCCUUCACCAGGGGAAUUGCUGGCAGGGCAACCUGGUCCAGAGGAUGAAGUCUCACGAGGGAGAGCUUGUGAGAGAGAUCUCAAAGCUGCAGGCGAUGGUGCUGGAGCUCAGAGCCGGGUUCUCCCGCGCUCUGCUAGAACUGAAUCAGAUUCAGCUGGGUGACACGGAGCUGCAGUCUCAGCUCGAGGAGACUCGUCACGGCUGCAGCAAGCGCGCUCUACACCUAGAGACGCUGGUGCUCUCUCUCAGGGAAGAACUGGAAGAGGUGCGCUGGCAGAUACGUCAGAUGUGCAGUGACCAGAUCAAAGCGGAUCAGGCUUACAGCAGCACCGGGGCAGCACCAAGUGACAGUUCUGCUGGUUGCAGUGGGGUUAAGGAUGCUGGCAACAGUGUUAAUGGUAUUAGCGAUGCUAAUAGAGGUGUAGCGGCUCCUCCUCUUUGCUCUGUGGGCGGGGACCUUCUGCUGCACUGCUACCUGCAGGGCCUGUGGGCGGGGAAUAGCUCAGAUGGAGACACUGUCUCCUCUCAGGUGAGUGGCAGGCGGGACGAACCCCAGAGCUGCUCACUGCAAGGCAGAAGGCAGCGGGUGGCUCUGUCUCUGCUGCGGUCCGAGUGGGAGUAUGUGUCCAACCUUGGCCAGCUUUACGACAAGUACAAAACCCCCUUUAAAACAGACAACCAUGCCAAGCUACAUAAGGCAUUUGCGAGGCAUGUGGAUCAGAUGUUGCAGCGCCACCUUCUGUUCAGGAACUCUAUGGAGGAGCGGCUGACUGUAGACAAGCAGAGCUGGGCUGUGGGAGACGCUUUCCUCAAACUGACUGGAAACGACAAUUCAGCUUUCUGUGAUGCAUAUCUCGGCUACAUGGCCUCCCUGGCAACAGUCCUGUCAAUGGAGUUUAGCCAAGAACAGCCAGACAAAUUACAGAAUACACAGGAGGAACAGAAGGAGCACUUUAAACUUCUCACACUGCUAUUAGCACCAAUAUCACGCAUACACACCUACCUGAACACUGUACAGCUCCUGCUAAGCUGUUCCGGCAGUGGACACUCAGACUAUCGUUCUCUACAGGAGAGUGAGCAUGUGCUGCGUAACCUCUGCAUGUGCUGUCACAUGACCCUCAAGAGGUCAGGGCAGUGGGGUGAGAAGGCAGAUCCAGUGAUCAGCAGCAGGUGCGAGGUCGUGAGUUCCAACUGUGGCCGCUCCGCCUUCACCAAGUACCGUGCCAACCCCAGAGCGGGCACUGACUACCAUGCCAACUCCAGGGCAGGCGCUGCAGAAUGCUACGCACCUAUCAGUGUGCCCAGCAAUGGGCACGAGAGAGGGCCCUGCCAACUUGCUGUACCAAAACCAGUACUGCCCACUAAUGGCAUUUUACGUAAUUCUCGUGAACGCCUGUGUGAGCUGCAGACCCCUGGUGGUUGGUCAGAGGACUGUGUGUGGGAUUGCCAAGGUGCAGAGUGCCACCCCAUCCCCCUCUGCAUGCCCACUACCCACCGACAACAGCAGCUACUUCUGAACACUGGAUCUUCAGCGGUGGCAGUGGAUGUCCGGGGUGCUGCAGCCCAGAACCAGAACUCCCUGUCCGGGCUGGCGGAGCGGCUGUGUGGGUCCCCUGGGCCGGACGGGCGCGUGUGCCGCUCAGAUCUUUACUCUCUGCCGCAGAGGAUUGACGAAGGAGACACAGACGCUGACCUGGGCGACGCCUCCGUCUUUGACUACUCGUCCGUGACAACGUGCAGCCCCGACAACACACUGGAACUGCGUGGGGGGAGAGGCGGUGGUGAGAGCCGCGAGGAUGACGACGAUGAGGAUGACGAUGAGGAAGACAGCGAGAUCCCGGUCCUACUGAAGCCAUCAUACACACCCUCCAUCAUGUCCACGUCUCAGAGGGAGGGCAGCGUGUGUACCAGGUGGCAGAUCCCCCGAACAGCCCCCCUCCCUCCUGAGGUGGGUGGGGCGGCGUCAGGGACAAUGCGCCGCAGCACGAAGGCACCCCGCAGGAUGCCUACUGGGGCCUUCCGCCCUAUCUGGGAUGCCCCCAACAAACAGGGGGACACCACGCCUGGGAAAGAGAGCACAGUGACUUUCAGUACAACCAAUCAGAUCAUAAAUCCACAGCGACAAACAAAGCCAUCCCGGUCAGUGUAUAGAAGUGUGUGCAGUGGCAAUCCUGUUGGGGCUCAGACAGAAGAGGGUAUCUGGAACGAGAGUGAGGAUAGCGAGGGUCCCUGCAGCACUGUCUGACUCCCGUGCAUCACACACACACACACACACACACACACACACACACACACACACACACACACACACACACAC